CCGGGCCGGGCCGGGCCGGGCCAUGGGGCUGGGCGCGCCGGCCCGCUGGCUGCUGUGCGCCUGGGCGCUGGCCGCCUGUGCGCGCGGGGACCCGGCGGGCAGGGCCCGCAGCUGCGCCGAGGUCCGGCACGUCUACGGCGCCAAGGGCUUCAGCCUGAGCGACGUGCCCGCCGCCGAGCUCUCGGGGGAGCACCUGCGGAUCUGCCCGCAGGGUUCCACGUGCUGCAGCGCGGCCAUGGAGGAGAGACUGGCCAACCGCAGCCGCGCCGAGCUGGAGGAGGCGCUCCUGGACAGUGGCCAGGCCCUGCAGGGCAUGCUGGCCACGCAGCUGCACACCUUCGAUGACCACUUCCAGCGCCUGUUGAACGAGUCGGAGCGGACCCUGCGCGCCGCCGUGCCCCGCGCCCUGGCCGAGCCGGCCGCCGACCUGUUCGCCGAGCUGCGCCGCUACUGCCGCGGGGCCGCGCUGCCCCUGGAGGAGACGCUGGCCGAGUUCUGGGCGCGCCUGCUCGAGCGCCUGCUGCGCCUGCUGCGGCCGCGCCUGCUGCUGCCCGACGACUACCUGGACUGCCUGGGCAAGCAGGCCGAGGCCCUGCGGCCCUUCGGGGACGCGCCGCGGGAGCUGCGCCUGCGCGCCACGCGGGCGCUCGUGGCCGCGCGCGCCUUCCUGCAGGGCCUGGGCGUGGCCGGGGACGUGGUCCGCAAGGUGGCUCAGGUGCCCCUGGGCCCGGAGUGCACCAGGGCCGUCAUGAGGCUGAUGUACUGUGCGCCCUGCCUGGGGGUGUCCGGCGCCCACCCCUGUCCCGACUACUGCCGCAACGUGCUCAAGGGCUGCCUGGCCAACCAGGCCGACCUGGACGCGGAGUGGCGGAACCUCCUGGACUCUGUGGCGCUCGUCACCGACAAGUUCUGGGGCCCCUCGGGCGCGGAGAACGUCAUGGGCAACGUGCACCUGUGGCUGGCAGAGGCCGUCAACGCCCUGCAGGACAAUCAGGACGCGCUCAUGGCCAAGGUCAUCCAGGGCUGCGGAAACCCCAGGGUGAACCCCCAGGGCCCUGCGCCCGAGGAGCCUUGGCGCGGAGACAAGCUGGUGCUCCCGGAGAAGCCCCCCACGGGGUCCCUGGAGAAGCUGGUGUCCGAGGCCAAGACCCAGCUGCGCACCGCACAGGACUUCUGGGUCGGCCUCCCGGGGACGCUGUGCAGCGAGAAGCUGGCCAUGAGCGCCGCCAGUGACGAGCUCUGCUGGAACGGCAUGGCCCGGGGCCGGUACCUCCCGGAGGUGAUGGGCGAUGGCCUGGCCAACCAGAUCAACAACCCGGAGGUGGAGGUGGACAUCACCAAGCCGGACAUGAGCAUCCGUCAGCAGAUCAUGCAGCUGAAGAUCAUGACCAACCGGCUGCGUAGUGCCUACAACGGUGAUGACGUGGACUUCCAGGACACCAGUGAUGAUGGCAGUGGCUCAGGCAGCGGUGAGGGCUGCCCAGACGACGUGUGUGGACGCAGGGGAGGCAGGAAGAGCUCCAGCUCCAGGACGCCGCUGACCCACGCCCUGCCCGGCCUGUCGGAGCAGGAAGGCCAGAAGACCUCAGGCGUGGGGCGCCCGCAGCCCCACUCAACCCUCCUGGUCCUGCUCCUUGCCCUGGUCCUCUCAGCAGCCAGGCCCCGGUGGCGGUAACUGUCCACAGCCCCAGCGACCAGCCAGAGUCUGCUCAGACAAGACUGCGUCCCCCUUGGUCCGGCGAGGCCCAGGGUGGGGUGAGGGACAGUGAGGGGCCAUGGCCGGCAGUGCUGAUGGCUGCCAUCCUGUCCUGGCUCUUAAUUUUGUAUCAGGUCUUCAGGUCAGCUGGAAGUGCCCCCUAAGCCAUGUAAUUCAGGGAGUUUGGGGGUGCUGGGGUGCGGGGGCGCCCCAAGGAGUACCUCUGCUGGGCGCAAGACUGUGCCUUCCUCUCCUGCCACCUCCCACUGACAUCAGUGCACGUGCACCGAGGGGGUGUGGGGGUUCCCAGUCUCCAUCUGGACCCUCGGUCUGGUGAGGCCUCCGAGGUCAUGCAUGAACCUUCCGCCUCCCUGGACCCCCAUGCCACCUCUGCCCCAGGCUGUAGCCUCCGGGUGGGGGCCGGCCUCAGGCUUUCUCCUCGGGGUCCUGUGGUUCCCCUGGACCGGCCAGCCCUGGAGUUGCCCUGGUGAGUGAAGACAUGGGCCCCAGUGGGUUUGCUCAGAGCUUUCUAGAAGGUGCAGGUGUCAGCCCAGACACCUCUUCGCUGGGCUGUGGGGACCCCUCUGGGGCAGCUUGUCCUCGGCCAGGGCCUGGGGGUGCUGCGCCACCUAGCCUUCCCCAGUGCCACUGGCCGGCUUUGCUCUUCCUCUCAGAGGGAAGUGCGUGGUUCAGGCAGGGCCUGUGGCACCCCCGACGGCCUGCAGUGCGGUGCCCGCCG